AUGGCGGCGACCGAGCAUGCGAUCCCCGUCCGUGAACCGAUGGAACUCCCAUCUCUCCCGCCUAACCAGGGGUUGGAGGCGAUGAAGGAUAUUGUGUUUGGCUCCGCUGCUGGCAUGGCAGGCAAGCUGAUCGAAUAUCCCUUUGACACCGUCAAGGUUCGCCUUCAAUCUCAACCCGCACACCUUCCUCUCCGAUAUACCGGUCCUCUGGACUGUUUCCGCCAGUCGUUCCAGGCAGAUGGCGUCAAGGGGCUCUACCGCGGCAUCAGUGCCCCCAUGACGGGGGCUGCCGUGGAAACCAGCUGUCUGUUCUUCAGCUACCGCCUCAUUCAGGAUUUCCUGCGCGCUACAGUCUAUCCUGGAGUGGAACAUUUGCCAUUCCCCGCCCUUGUGGCCGCUGGUGCUGCUUCGGGCUCUGUCACCUCCUUGGCACUUACGCCCAUCGAGCUCAUCAAGUGCAAGAUGCAAGUCCCCGUCGAGUCGGGACAUAAAGCCCCCGGUCCCGCCGUCCUCAUCGCGACCGUUUUCCGACAGGAAGGUCUGAUUGGAUUCUGGCGCGGCCAGCUCGGAACUCUCAUCCGAGAGACUGGAGGCAGUGCGGCCUGGUUUGGUGGUUACGAGGGUGUCUCGUCCCUCUUCCGGAAAUACAACUCGUCUCAUUCCCAUUCGACCGACUCCCUGCCAGUUUGGCAGCAGAUGGUCGCUGGAGCCACGGCGGGCAUCAGCUACAAUUUUCUGUUCUACCCAGCCGACACCAUCAAAUCGCGCAUGCAGACGGAGGACAUCUCACGCCUCCCGGCCAACGGUGAGCGGCAGACCUUCUGGAAUGUUACUCGGGCCGUGUGGAGGCAGCAGGGCUUGAAGGGCAUGUAUCGCGGGUGCGGGAUCACUUGCGCACGCUCGGCCCCUAGCUCGGCCUUUAUCUUCUCCGUUUACGAAGGGUUACGAUCAUAUUUUGGAUGA